AUGUCCACAGAAGAAAAGAUACAGUCAGCUGAUCUGCGGAUUGCUAAUACGCUUCAUCUGAGCGAUCGACGUAGCUAUUGUGGAUUGUCCUACGGAAAUCUGUCUGCCAAAAUAACUUUUUCAACCAUGUCAAAGUCCUCCAAGUUGGACUUAAAGUCUAAGUUCGAACCUCCUACUGAGUUUCGACAACAGAGUGAACCGAAGCCGUGUCAACCCGAAGCGUCGCUCGGCCACAACACGGUUGUGUAA